CAAUCUGCCAUCCGGAUGUAUAGAUAUGUAGCUGCAGCAACAGUAGGCUUAACAGCCACAGCAGUUGGUCUGACACGCCCAUCCACAAAAAGUGUACUACAGGAGUUCAAAUCGAACAUAAGCUCUUUGUUUUACUAUCCUGAAGAACUUGAAGCAGCUAACAAAUGGCCAAAUGUUGGGAGACUUUCAAUAACUGCUAAAGCAAAAGCGCUGACUUUCGAAAGUGUUGCUGAUCUUGAUCUUGAGCAAAGUGCUAUCAAGAGAAGAAAUGAAAUAAUGAAGUAUGGAUAUCCAACCAUGGAUAAUCUUAAGCAGUUGAAUGACCAUGUUCUAGCAUACAGCAAUGUACACAAAGGACCUCUUUGGGUUUGUGAACAUCUAACGGAUUACAAUAUCAACUUCAAUAAAUCAGUUAGCCGAUCAGCAUCUAAGUUCGUCCCAGACAGCAGUGUGCACCCAAUGUUUCGAGCUUACAAUAGUGAUUUUUUAGGAAGUGGAUUUGACAGGGGACACUUAGCUGCAGCUGCAAAUCAUAAAAAUUCCCAACUUGCAAUGAAUGACACCUUUUAUCUCUCAAAUAUCUGUCCCCAAAUUGGGAAGGGUUUGAACAGGUCUAAAUGGAAUGAGCUGGAAAAGCGAGCAAGGGCUCUAGCAAGAAAGCACACGUCAGCACAUGUUUUGACUGGCCCAUUAUAUCUUCCCACAGUUAUAGGAAAUGAAAAGUUUGUUAAGUAUAAAUUAAUUGGUGAUAACAAUGUUGCAGUUCCAACACACUUUUUCAAGGUCAUAGUUGCAAGAACUCAAAAAGGAGGUUUCAUUUUAGAAUCAUAUGUGAUGCCAAAUGAAGAAAUCAGAGAUGACAUUGCCAUUUCCUCUUAUUUAGUUCCAAAAAGUGCUAUUGAAAGAGGGGCUGGUUUCAUGAUAUUUGAUUACAUCGCUGAUAGCCAGUACUGCAGAAUAAAUGGUGUUUCAAAUCCUGCCUUUAUAGAAACGAACUGAACUCAUCAAUGUUGCAGUUUAUCUGAUUGAUGUAAAACUGUCAUGCUAAUUUUCAUGUUGCAAGUUGUAAGAUUACUUCAGUGGUUGACCCUCAGAACAUCAAAGAAUCGAGGUAAACGUAGAAGAAAGAAUUAACUUAACUUGAUAAUUCAUUUGGCACAGUACAGUACACGAUAAGCUGUGUUCCUUUAAUUUAUCCAUCACAGCAUGAAUGGUUCAUUCAAUUAGUUGAUAGGUCUCAAUUGUGUUAAUUUAUAAUGUUAAAUUAAUUAUUUUAUACUCUAUAGUAA